UCUGCCUCUGCCGAACGGUUGCGCUGCGGCUGCGCUCAGAACUCGUGUGCGCGUCAACGCGAAAGCAUCUGCAGCGCCUCUAAAAAAAUAAUACCAAAAAAAAAAAACAAGAUCGAGAAGCAGUAGCGGAAGCAGCUAAAACAUACAAAACAAAAUAACGCAAGUGCCAGAGGAAACUGCAACAAAAAUAAUACGAAAACAAACACUUUUGGUGCAACAUAUUUUUUUUGCGUUCAACGAAUAAUAUCCAUUGGAAAUAUAUCCAUAGAAAAAAAACAGUGAUUUUUGUUUUGUUUGCCCCAUCUACCAAAGAACUGUGAUUAGAUCCAUCAACGGAUCGAAAGCACACAGUGACACACACAAAACAACAACAACAAAAGAGUGCAUACAAAACCAAAACCAAAACCAAAACUAAAUCGAAACCAAAAUCGAAAUCGAAAUCUAAAGAUUAGUGUGAAAAGAUCUGCAAGAGUGGCCGUGUGCGCGCCCCGUACCCGUUUCCGUUCCAGUCCAGGCCCCAAAGCGGGAAAUGCCGCCGCAACUACGAAAAUAAUCAGCAAAGCACACCCAAUUCGAUCUCAGUAAUCAGCCGAGUAUAAAGCAGCAAAAUGUUGGCAACACAGCAACAGCAGCAGCAGCAGCCCCAGCCCCAGCCACCACACGCCGCCGCCGCCAACGUAGUCACGCAGGCAGCGGUGGAGCGUCAGCGGCGCGAGUCCACCACAUCGGAGUCCUCGCUGGAGCAUCUCGACCUCGGCCGCACACCAAAGAAGCUGAGCAGCAGCAGCGGCCCACAGCCCACAUCGACGCCACACGACACGGCCCCAGCGACGGCGGUGAUGUCAGCGUCGCGCAAGCGCAAGCUGCGACAGCACCAACAGCACCAGCAGCAGCAGAAUCUGCACAGCGACGACGAGGAGGAGGAGGAGGAGGAGCCACGUCCGCUGGAGGAGACGAUGGCUGCUGUGCAGCAGCGGCCGCGACACAAGCAGCGACGCAAUGCGAACGCCUCGGCGGCGGCCAGCGCCAGCAUCGUGAUGGACUACAGUGCCGGCGACGCCAGUUCGCUGCGCAAGAAGUUCCGGCUGAACCGCAGCGGCGCCACCGCCAACGGCGACCUCUCGGAGUCCGGUUUCGUGGACGCCAGCAGCUACAACAACAGCCAUGCCGCAGCGGCCGCCGUCUCUGCAGCAGCGCAGCAAGCGUCGAAUGCCUCCAGCAGCAGCAGCAGCAACAGCAGCGGCAGUGGCAGCGGCAGCGGCAGUGGCAGCUCGGGAGCCUCCUCGCCGGAGGGCCUGUGCCUGUCGAGCGGCGAGUCGGGCAUCGGGGCCGGCGACGAGCACAUGAAGUACCUCUGCCCCAUCUGCGAGGUGGUCUCGGCCACGCCCCACGAGUUCACCAACCACAUCAGGUGCCACAACUACGCCAACGGCGACACCGAGAACUACACCUGCCGCAUCUGCUCCAAGGUGCUCUCCUCGGCCUCGUCGCUGGACAGACACGUGCUGGUGCACACGGGCGAGCGUCCGUUCAACUGCCGCUACUGCCACCUGACCUUCACCACCAACGGCAACAUGCACCGGCACAUGCGCACCCACAAGCAGCACCAGUCGACGACGACGCAGUCGUCUGCGGCGGCGCAGCAGUCGGUCGCGCAGAGCGGCGGCAGCGGCUCUCUGUCGCAGCAGCAGCGACGCCUGUCACAGCAGCAGCUGCAGCAGCAGCAACAGCAGCAGUCACUGGCGCAGUCGCAGCAGGUUGGUGGUGGUGGUGGUGGUGCUGGGCAUCCGGGACGUGCGGAGAGCUAUGAGAGCGAUGCCAGCUGCUCCACGGAUGUCUCCAGUGCACACAGUCAUGCCAACAGCCAUGGGAGCAACAGCAACAACAACAACAACAACAACAAUCCACACAAAGCGAACAACAACAACAGCAGCAGCAGCAGCCACAAGGAGAUGCAGCAGCAGCAGCUGCAGAUCCAGGAGCGGAUCAAGCAGCGUCGCCCCAAGACCAUCAUCAACAACAACAACAACAUCAUCCUCGACGAGGGCUCCCCGAGGGCAGCGGUGGAGCAGGAACUGGAGGAGCAUGAGGAGCAGGACAUGAAGGAGGAGCAGCCCGAUCCGGACAGCGACGAGGAUGUGGCCAUGCCGCUGUCCAUCACCAGCACCCCGGAUGUGGCCACCCUGCUGGCCGGCGUGAGUGCAUCCUCGCGCGCUGAGUCGCGCUCCCGCUCCCCCUCGCCGGGCAUGCCCCUGCUGAGCUGCCCCGCGUGUGGCGCGGCCGACUUUGAGACGCUGCCCGGCCUGUGCGCCCACCUGGACGCACGCCACUCGGACAUACCCGCCAAGUGCCGCGACUGCGAGGUGAUCUUCGCCAGCCACCGCCAGCUGCAGGCGCACUGCUGCCGCGGCCUGGUGGGGGUCGAUCUGCCGCCGAUGCUGGGUGCCAGCAGCUCGCCGCUGCACCAGGGCGAGGCGGAUGAGGAUGAGGAGGAUGCCGAGGACGGGGACGGGGACGAGGCCCGCACCGAGCGGGAGGCGGAGCAGCGCGAUGAGUUUUUCCAGCAGCUGUACCUCAAGGGCAAGGCAGCCGCUGCCGCAGCAGCAGCAGCCGCCGGGGCGUCCAUUGGGGCCUCGUCGCCGCCGUCCCCCAUCAAGCACGAGCCGGCGGACAGCAAGGAUCUGGCCGACAUCCAGAGCAUCCUGAACAUGACCAGCUCCAGCUGCACCUCCAGCUUCCUGCGCAACUUCGAGCAGUCGGUGAACACGCCCUGCUCCAGCCAGUACAGCCUCGAUGGCCGCGACCAGGAGGAGGAGGCCCAGGACGUCUUCACCUCCGAGUUCCGGCGCAUGAAGCUGCGCGGCGAGUUCCCCUGCAAGCUGUGCGCGGCCGUGUUCCCCAAUCUGCGCGCCCUCAAGGGCCACAACCGGGUGCAUCUGGGCUCCGUCGGCCCCUCGGGCCCCUUCCGCUGCAACAUGUGCCCCUACGCCGUCUGCGACAAGGCGGCCCUCGUGCGGCACAUGCGCACCCACAACGGGGACCGGCCGUACGAGUGCGCCGUCUGCAACUACGCCUUCACCACGAAGGCCAACUGCGAGCGGCACCUGCGCAACCGGCACGGCAAGACCAGUCGCGAGGACGUGAAGCGGGCCAUCGUCUACCAUCCGGCGGAGGAUGCCAGCUGCGAGGACAGCAAGUCCCGGCUGGGGCUCGGCGACGAUCUGGCCGAUCUGAGCUUCCGCUCCAUCUCGCCGCCACCACCGCCGCCGCCGCCACCCAGUGCCCCGCUCGCCGACGGCGGCUCACAGCUGAAGCACAUGCUCCUGGGCGAGCCAUCGACAUCGACAUCGCCAUCGACCUCGCACACUCCCACAGCAGUCGCCGCUGCAGCUGCCGCUGGCGCUGCUGUUGCCGGGCCACCGUCCAAGAUCCAGGUGAAGAGCCUCGACCAGCUGGUGGACAAGAAGAAGCCCGCCGCAGGUGGCAGCCCUGCGCUCGACUUUAGCAUGGAUGUGCUGGAUCUCAGCAAGAAGCCAACAGCGGGAGGAUCUGCAUCUGCCUCCGCAUCGGCAUCGGCAGCCGCCACGGUGCCAGAACUGUCAGCCGUCCUGGAGCAGCAGCAGCAGCAGCAGCAACAGCAGCAGCAGAACCUGCUACUGGCCCAGCAGCAUCUCUUUGGCGGAGCAGCAGCAGCAGCCGGAGCAGGCGAUGCCGCCUCCCAGUACAUGCAGCAGCUGUUCCGCAACCUCAUGUUCCAGUCGCAGACGCUUCCCUUCUUCGGAUUCAUGGCGCCGCCGCCGCCGCAGGGCAAUGCCGAGAAGCAGCCGCAGCUGAGUCCGCCCACGCGCAUGGGCGGCCUGCCGCUGCCGAUGCCGGUGGGCGUGGGCGUGCCCGUGCCGCCCGGCGGCCCCGUCAAGAUGGUCAUCAAGAACGGAGUGCUGAUGCCCAAGCAGAAGCAGCGCCGCUACCGCACCGAGCGGCCUUUCGCCUGCGAGCACUGCUCCGCCCGUUUCACCCUGCGCUCGAACAUGGAGCGGCACGUGAAGCAGCAGCAUCCCCAGUUCUACGCCCAGCGCCAGCGCAGCGGCCACCAUGUGAUGCGCGGCCGUGGAGCCUCCAAUGCCGCGGCAGCUGUGGCCGCAGCCGCCGCCGCAGCGGCAGCCAUGAGCCAGGGCGGAUCCGGAGCGGGGGGCCAUGUGCACGGCCAUGCCCCCAUUUCGGAGCAGGUGAAGUACGCCAUCCUGGCGCAGCAGCUGAAGGCGCACAAGAACACGGAUCUGCUGCAGCAGGCGCUGGCCCACGGCUCCAGCAGCGUGGCCGGCGGCAAUCCCCUGCUGCACUUUGGCUACGGCCCCCCGCCCCAGGCGCAGGCGCAGGCCCACGCCCACGCCCACUCGCACGGCCACGCCCACUCCCACUCGCAGGCGCACGCCCAGUCGUCCAGUUCUGGCGCCCAUCUGCCGCAUCUGGUGAACGGGCUGCACAAUGGGAACGGAAACAGUGGCAACAGUGGGAUCAUCGGUGGGAUCGGUGGGCAGGCAAGUGCCAUCGAUGACGACGAGCCCAAGCUGAUCAUUGACGAGGACGAGGAUGGCGAGGGCGAUGUGGAGGAGUUUGAUGACGAUGAGGAGGAGGAGGAGGAGGAGGAUGAGCCCGAGGACGAGGACCCGGAGCCAGAGCCAAUGGAGGAGUCGGAGCAGCCGGAGGACGAGCAGGAGCUGCCCAAGCCACUGGAGCAGCCGAGUGCCGCUGCUGCCGCUGCUGCUGCUGCAUCGGCCAAUGAGGCGGCCAAGAAGAUGGCCGAUACCAUCCUCGAGCAGGUGAUCAAGGCGGGCAAGGGCAAGGGCAGGGCCCACACGCCCACAGGCACCGUUACGCCGAUGAGCACGCGCACGCCGUCACCCUCGCCGAGUGCAUCGGAGGAGAGGAUGCCGAGCAACGCGAUGCCGGAGCCGAGUCCCCCGAAUCCCACCAUGAAGUCGAUGAUCGCCCAGGCCGAGUCGGUGGCCAAGUCGCUGAAGGAGGUGGCCAGCUCCCCGUUCAAGGACGAGUCGCAGGAUUUGGUGCCGGUGGCCAAGCUGGUGGACAACGCCACCAGCAGCCAGAUGAGCUUCAACAGCUACUUCCGGCCGAGCGACGUGGCCAACCACAUGGAGCAGAGCGACGAGGAGGGCCUCGUCGCCUCCGGCAGCGCCAGCGAGAGCAACAACUCCGGCACGGAGGACGUGACCAGCAGCAGCUCCGGCAGCGAGCCGAAGAAGAAGUCCGCCUACAGCCUGGCCCCCAAUCGCGUCUCGUGCCCCUACUGCCAGCGCAUGUUCCCCUGGAGCAGCUCCCUGCGGCGCCACAUCCUCACCCACACCGGCCAGAAGCCCUUCAAGUGCUCCCACUGCCCCCUGCUCUUCACCACGAAGAGCAACUGCGACCGCCACCUGCUGCGCAAGCACGGCAACGUCGAGUCCGCCAUGUCCGUCUACGUGCCCACCGAGGACGUCAGCGAGCCGAUACCCGUGCCCAAGUCCGUCGAGGAGAUCGAGCUGGAGGAGCAGCGUCGCCGCCAGGAGGCGGAGCGGGAGCGCGAACGCGAGCGGGAGCUGCAGCUGGAGCGGGAGCGCGAGCGGGAGCUGGAGCGCGAGCGGGAGCUGGAGCGGGAGCGCGAAAAGGAGCGCCUGCUGCUCAUCCAGAAGCUGGCGGCUCAGAUGAAUGCUGCCGCCGCCGCUGCUGCCUCUGCCUCGGCCUCGGCCUCGUCCGAUCCUGGCGCUGGCGGAGAUCUGCCGUACAAGUGCCACCUGUGCGAGGGCUCGUUCGCCGAGCGGCUGCACUGCCUCGAGCACAUCAAGCAGUCGCAUGCCCACGACUUUGCCCUGCUGCUGGCCAAGGGAGCCAUCGAGCCGGAGUCGGCACCGGCACCGGCCUCGGCCCGUGGUGCCGGUGAGUCCAACCACCAGCACCAGCAGCAGCAGAGCACCCCGGGCGCCGGGUCCGAUGAUGAGGCGAGUGGCGGAGGUGGCCGCGGUGGCUCCGGCAAGUAUCCGGACUACAGCAACCGCAAGGUGAUCUGCGCCUUCUGCCUGCGCCGCUUCUGGUCGACCGAGGAUCUGCGCCGACACAUGCGCACCCACUCCGGGGAGCGGCCGUUCCAGUGCGAGAUCUGCCUGCGCAAGUUCACCCUCAAGCACAGCAUGCUGCGCCACAUGAAGAAGCACAGCGGACGCGCCCACAACGGCGACAAUCCCGGCUCCGACUGCUCCGACGAUGAGCAGGUCGCCACACCGCCAUCCACCCCAGGUCCCCAGAUGCCUUCGGCACCGGCCACACCCAACACCAACACCACCACCAACAACAACAACAGCUGCCAGAACAACAACAACAACAAUAACACCAAUGCCAAUGCCAAUGCCAAUUCGCACUCGAAGUUGGGUCUGCGUCUGCCGAAGCUGCACGAGCUGCUGGACAAGUCGAGCGAGUGGCGGGCCAGCCGCCUGGGCGAGCACAAGGAGAACAUUGGGGAGGCGGCAACGCCGUCGGUGGCCGCGUCGGUGGCCAGCUCCGAUCUGAUCGGCAAUCUGCUGGGCAUCAGCGACCAGGGCAUACUCAACAAGCUGCUCUCCUCCGCCGACGAGGCGGCCAAGCUGCUGGGCGUGGACAACAAGUAGAAGGUUGGAGCAGCAAGCAGCAGGCAGCAGGCAAACUAUAGCAGAGUACUGAGCGUACAGUGAAGCACCAGAAGAAGAAACAGCAACAAGCAACAAGCAAAAACCAUUUACCGCCUUACGUAUACCAAAGCUUAAAUAGUUUCAAAUAAUAAUUAUAAAUAAAAAUAAUUAUUAUAAUUAUAAUAUAAUAGUAUCUGUAAUCUAAUAUACUCUUAAAGAAAGUCCCUUUUUUUUGUUAUUAAUUUUUAAUAAUUAAUAAUUUUUUUUUUGUAUCCAAUAUUUGUGGCAUUCCAUUGUUUAAGCGGUCCAACCGGAUGUGGCAGACAAGUUACAAACAAACAAACAAACAAACAAAAUUUUAAUCAAAAUUAGCAAGCAACAAAACAAAAACAAAACUAAAACUAAAGCAAAAGCUCGUAAAAGACCAAAAUGGUUUUGUUUUUUUUUUUUUUUUUGUAUUCUCUUGAUAUAAGCAAACAAUAUAAUAUGUAAACAAUAUAAGAGCUUAGCAUUUAAGUAGCUGCAAUGAAACAACGAAGGAAACAUUUUUACAUGACAUGAGGAAACAAACGAAAAGACUUGAAAGGCAAACGAAAACCAGAGGCGAUACUAAACAAAUACAACCAUAUAGAGAUACAUGCAUGCAUAACAUACACCCACACACACACACACACACACACACGUACAUAUAUCAUAUAAAUAAUA